UCUACACACGAUGGUAUGACUGAAGAAAUGCAAGGCUUUGUAUUUCUGUGUACUAAGCUUUCAAGCCUAGUUGACGAGUGUUUAGGAUUUAUUUGGUCUUUUUCUCUCCCCCCCUUACAGAAAGGCCGCUCCUCGCUGGUUGCUCCAGUGCACAUAGUCAGUGAAGAGUCAGCUGACAAGACCAACCUGGGCUUUAUUCACGCCUUCGUGGCUGCUAUAUCGGUCAUCAUCGUGUCAGAGCUGGGCGACAAGACCUUCUUCAUCGCGGCCAUCAUGGCCAUGCGCUACAACCGCCUGACUGUGCUGGCUGGUGCUAUGCUGGCCCUGGGACUGAUGACGUGUUUAUCAGUUUUGUUUGGCUAUGCCACCACGGUUAUUCCUCGUGUGUACACGUACUAUGUGUCAACAGCACUGUUUGCAAUCUUUGGCAUCCGAAUGCUUCGGGAAGGCUUGAAAAUGAGUCCAGAUGAAGGUCAGGAAGAGCUGGAGGAAGUUCAAGCAGAAAUUAAAAAAAAAGAUGAGGAACUUCAGAGAACUAAACUGUUAAAUGGGCCAGGAGAUGUGGAAUCUGGGCCAGGCACCACUAUACCUCAGAAGAAGUGGCUACACUUUAUUUCACCAAUCUUUGUUCAAGCUUUUACUUUAACAUUUUUAGCAGAAUGGGGCGAUCGUUCCCAAUUAACAACCAUAGUCUUGGCUGCCAGAGAGGACCCUUAUGGUGUGGCAGUAGGAGGAACGGUGGGACAUUGCCUAUGCACUGGUUUAGCAGUUAUCGGAGGGAGAAUGAUAGCACAAAAAAUUUCUGUUAGGACUGUGACAAUCAUAGGAGGCAUUGUCUUCUUAGCAUUUGCCUUUUCUGCACUAUUUAUAAGUCCAGACUCUGGUUUUUAAAAUUUUUCAUUGCUGUAAAAGAACAAGGAUUGGAAGCAUCAAGCAGUUAUCCUUGUGGAUUUUUGUAUAUAAUGUACAGAAUUCUAGUUAAACAAUGCUGAAGAUGAGACACUGAACUUUUUAUAGCAGAUGAUUCAUGGGACUGAUGCAUUCAUGGACAGCUUCUGCACUGGAGAUCUGCUUAUUGUCUGGUUUGUUUGUGCUGUGGUGCCUGCUCCCAUGGUGGGAUUUGAGUGGUUUUCUCACUUGCUGGACCUGGCUCAGCUGAGUUCAAGGAUCUGCUCUCCGGAGUGUUGAGAAUUCCUCUUUUCUUCCUCCGAUACACACAACCACCUUUCCUGUUUUUUCAAGAGCUGAUUCUUCAGGCCUCUUGAAGCAGACUGUGCUAAGGAGAAAACUGCUGGCUCCACCUCCAAAGAUGGUGGUUCCAUGGUGCACCUGAGGCUGGAUAAUCUAAGCAACAAGAAACCUGGGAGCAGGUUCUGGAACCUAUGCCAUCCAGUGGCUGAGCCACCAACAGAGAAUGUUAUAAACUUAAUUUAGAGGGAAAACUUCUUAAUCAGGGAUUUUUAUCAGGAAAUUAUGUGGGGUGAUUAACAACCUACUGUGUUUAAUAUGCAAUCUGGCGGGAGCUAGUAUUAUUUGAUUUCUUUCUAUUUUAUAUAUUAAGGUACACAGAAAGUAAUUAAGUGGUCCAACUUAACCAUGUUCUAUUCCCAGGACUGAGCAGCAAUGGAAUUCAUAGGUUUAGAUGUAUUCCUGAUUUUUAUUUUUAGGACUAGAAAUGUAAUCUGGAAGAUUAUUAAUAAAACAUAGUGUC